GCUCUUGUGUCUCCCUCUCUUUCUCUCUGUCUCUCUAUCUCUCUCGCGUGAGAAAGCCACGAGCGACACUCCUCCACUACUUCCCCCUUGUUUUCCCUUCUUAUUCUGCUUUGGCACUCGGAGGGAUCAUGCCGGUGGUUGGUGUUGCGUCAAAACUCCGGCAGCCAGCAGUGGGGUCCAAACCCAUUCACACUGCACUGCCCAUCCCCAACCCAGGGAGGAGCAGCAUGGCACAUGGACUGACGCCCAGGAGCUCGGAUAUCAGGGGCACAGAAACUUCUAUGUUGUCCUGUCAGUUGUCACUCAAGAGGGACAUCAUGGAUAGGAGGACAACCUCGGUCCUGGCUCCGGCUUCAACUAUGGGACGGAGUAGCAGAGAGGCAGAAGAGAGCAAGAUCUGCAAGAUCUACACUGAUUGGGCAAACCAUUACUUGGCCAAAUCUGGUUGUCCGAGGCUUAUUAAGGACCUGACUCAGGACAUACCCGAUGGAGUUCUGCUGGCAGAAAUCAUCCAGAUAAUAGCUAAUGAGAAGGUAGAAGAUAUUAACUGUUGCCCCAAGAGUCACUCUCAAAUGAUUGAGAAUGUGGAGGCUUGUCUGAAUUUCUUAGGGGCCAAAGGAGUCAGUGUCCAAGGGCUCUCUGCUGAAGAGGUGUGCAAUGGGAAUCUGAAGAGCAUUCUGGGUCUGUUCUUCAUCCUGUCCCGCUACAAGCAGCAGCAGCAGCACCAGCAGCAGUAUCUGCAGUCAUUAGUGGAGCUUCAGCAGCACGUCACUCAUCAGAGCACCGGGGCGGCGCCAGCGAGCCAGCAUAAAUCACAAGACAUGCAGUCCAGUCUCACCGCACGAUACACAAGUCCACCAGGUCACAGUGGAAUAGCAGCUCCUCAGAAGAAAAACACAAGGUUACCGGGCCCCUCUAGAGUCCCCGCUGCGGGCAGCGGAAGUAGCAGCAGUAAAGUCCAUGGUUCGUCAAACCUUAACCGAAGAAGCCAGAGCUUCAACAGCAUCGACAAGAGCAAACCACUCCAGUAUGCUAGCGGCAAUGACAGAGAAUCGGUGAAAGGAAUCCCUCUGCCAGGCAGUAUGAACGGAAGUGGAUCGGUGCCCUCCAGCACCAGCGGGCAGCAGCUGGCCUCUGCUUUACCCUCUCCCACUGCUGGAAAGACUUGGCGUAGCAAGUCGAUGAACGUGAAGCAUAGUGCCACUUCGUCCAUGUUGGCCACCAAGCCGCCCAGCCCGACCGCCUCCCCGACCCCUCCCUGCUCGUCCGAUCGCCUACGACCGCCCGUCACAGAAGCCUCCAAAUCGGCACCUGGCAACCAGCGUUCCAUGUUGGAGAAAUUUCGCCUCAUUAACCCUCGGUCCGCGUCCAGAACCUCACCAUCGGUUGCAGAGAUGUCUCUACAGGAAGAGGACGACAUGUCGGAGUGUGGAGAUGAGGGCAUGUGCAGUCCUACGCCACCCUGUGGGAUCUCAAACAAGCAGGGAAAGACAUCCAUGCCAUCCUUCGCGCCCCCAAACAAGAACAUAGCCAACAACAGCAAGAACCACAACAAUAAGUCCUUACCACAGCCCAAAGACAAAGAGGACAAAAACAAGACGAAGAGCAAAGCCAGCACACCACCCAAAGAGGAGCCGGUGAUAGUGGAGCCCACAAAGAAGAGUUCCAAGAUUGCCAGCCUCAUCCCCAAAGGAAGCAAAACCACAGCCUCAGUGAAGAAAGAAAGCGCUAUCCCCGCCUCCAGUGGCAUUCCCAAGUCUGGCUUGAAGGCUCCAACGGCAACAACCAAGCCUGCAGUAACGCAACCAAGUGCAGCCACCGUACCAGUGACAAAUGCUGAUAAGACCAAACUUAGCAAGAGCUGUCAGUCAAUGUAUAUGCAGAGAUCUUUGGGAGGGCUGGAAAAUCGUAAGACCAGCAUGGUGUCGUCCACCAGUACUUCAGCACUUUCUGGGACCGCUGCUUCUCAUGGCCUGGGUGGAGUUGGGGCACUAGCCGGUAACGGGGCGGUACAGCUACCCCAACAGCAGCAGCACAACCAUCCCAACACAGCAACAGUCGCACCCUUCAUGUAUAGGACGUUCUCAGAAAACGAUUGCACCACCGUGAUCCCCCCUGAACCGUGUCUCAGUCCCACAAAAGAUCUGGUCUACAGCAAGACUGCGAAACAGUGCCUGGAAGAGAUCUCAGGGGAAGAUCCAGAGACAAGAAGGAUGCGAACGGUGAAGAACAUCGCAGAUCUGAGACAGAAUCUUGAAGAAACCAUGUCCAGUUUACGAGGGACGCAAGUUAGCCACAGUACCCUCGAGACAACAUUCGACACCACAGUAACUACAGAAGUGAAUGGGCGUGCCCUCCCUGCUCUCUCCGGUCGCUCCUCCACCAUGGCUUGGCGCCUCGGCCAAUCGUCAAGCCCCCGUCUGCAGGCCGGAGAUGCGCCUAGCUACGCCCCGCCCAGAUCCACCGCCAGCACUACUGGUCGCUAUGGUGACUCCUCCAGGUUGUUGUACACUGCCCCCCUGAGGAGAGCGGGCGCCUCAGGGGUUAGAGGGUCAGAGCUGGGGGAGAAGAGUGGGAUCUCGGAGGCGGGGCCAGAGAUCGACGUCACCGGAUAUGGGAGUGAUGGAGAAAUACUUGCAAAGAAUGUGCAUGCAGAUGACAUCAGUGGGUAUCACACAGACGGGGGUAUUUACUCUCGGAAUGUGGACCUAUAUUCUCGGAAUGUGGGUCGCGCCCCUGAGCUGACGCCCUCUCGAGAGGUCAUCCAAAAAGGCGUCAAAGAGAUGCAAGGGGAGGACAGCUGGGAUGACAGCAGUUCGGUCAGCAGUGGUUUGAGUGAUACCUUAGACAACAUCGGCACUGACGAUCUGAAUCCAUCCACGUACUCCGGCAUCUCCUCCCGCAAAAGCAAAGCAGCACAGUCAAAUAAAGACACGCAGGAUGGAAGUAGCUGGGCUGGUGCUGAAGAUCUGAAGAAGGUUGAUGAGGAGAUGGAGCCAGGGAGCGACCCUUCCUCAAAGUGGAAGAGCUCGGGACAGGGGGAAGAUGUUGGUCAGAAGUCAGGUUUGCCCAUGUCCCAAACAGGCUCCUGGAGGAGGGGCAUGAGUGCCCAGGUUGGAAUAACACCACCAAGGACCAAAGGCACAUCUACCUCCCUAAAAACACCAGGUAAAACAGAUGACGCCAAAGCAUCUGAAAAGGGCAAGUCUCCAUCCAAGAGCCCGAGCAUCCAGCGCUCACCGUCGGAUGCAGGAAAGAGCAGCGGAGAUGAGGGGAAGAAGCCGCCCUCAGGCAUCGGACGUCCACCCACCACCAGCUCCUUCGGCUUUAAGAAAAUUCCAGGCCCCACUGGGGCCCUCAUUACUGCUAGCGGGGCCACAUUGGCCAGCGGCUCGGCCACUUUAGGAAAGGUGCCCAAGUCUUCGGGCAUCGGGAAGGGCGCGCCUAUUGGCAACGGGCGGAAGACGAGUCUGGAUGGUGCACAACACCAGGAUGAUGCUGUGUUGUUAAGCUGUACAACUUCGAAGGUUCCGCUCCAAUACCGCUCACUGCCCAGACCUGCAAAGUCAUCCACUGGGGGAAGCAGUGUGGUGGGCCGCAGUGGACAUCGUUCAAGCUCUAGCAGCAUUGAUUCGAACGUCAGCGGGAAGUCUGCCGGAGGUGGAGGAGGUGUGGGGGGAACCCAAACCGGCACCAAGAGAAGAGACGCUGGAAAAGUGGGAUCAGGACGAUCGAGUCCCGUAACCAUCAAUCAGACGGAUAAGGAGAAAGUGGCGGGGUCAGAUCAAGAGGGUACAGGGCUUUCCACAUCCCCUAAAUCCAGCCCCACUUCCACCCAAUCUGGACUCAGACAGCCAGGCUCCAAAUACCCAGACAUUGCGUCCCCCACAUUCCGAAGGUUGUUCGGCAGUAAGGCCAGCAGUAAACCCAGUUCACCUGGCACCCCUGAUUCUGGUAAAUGCCCAUCGGCGCUGGGUAGCCCUCAUGGCACAUUGGCUCGCCAGGCCAGCCUGGACUCCCCCUCCUCAGGAACAGGUAGUCUGGGCAGCAUGGGCGGACAAAGUGGCGGCAGCAGCCCGCUAUACGGUAAAACACCCGAGCUGGGCACAGACUCCGCGGCCUCCAGUCCAGCUUCGGGUCUCUCUCUGCCUUCUAAUGCCCGCCCUUGGCCUCCAAACCUCAGCAGCUCAUCUGCAGGCAGUAAAGACACCCUGAGCUGCCACAGCAUGACCAGUUUACACACUAGCUCUGAGUCUAUCGACCUACCCCUCACACACCACCACGGGCCAAAGGUCACACGCACAGGCAGCGUCAAAUCCACACUGUCUGAGGGCAUGCCUCUUGACCGAAACACUCUCCCCAAAAAGGGACUGAGGUACCCCCCCUCCUCCAGACAGACAUCACACGAGGAAGGAAAGGAAUGGUUACGCUCACACUCCACUGGUGGUCUGCAGGACACAGGAAGUCCUCUUUCGCCACCGGGCACAGCUGGCACUAACGCUGGCAAAUACCACUACUCAAACCUGUUGAGUCCCACCAAUGUGUCCCAGUUCAAUCUCCCUGGCACCAGUAUGAGUCGCUCUAACAGUAUUCCAGCACACGAUUCGUUCGAGCUCUAUGGGGAGGGACACGCUUUGGGCGGAAGCGCCACUUCGCUGGAGGAGCGGCCGCGUGGCAUGAGUCGAUCCGGCUCUUUCCGAGACAGCACAGAUGAAGUUCAUGGUUCCUCUCUCUCACUGGUAUCAAGCACAUCAUCUUUGUACUCGGCGGUGCUGGCCUUUUUAGACAAGACAGAGGAGAAGGCUCAUUCUGAGGGCCAAACUGUGCAAAAUACAACACAAAUCAGAAAACUACGCCGGGAACUGGACGCUUCGCAGGAGAAAGUAGCAACCCUGACCUCACAGCUGGCUGCCAAUGCACACCUGGUGGCGGCGUUUGAAAAGAGUUUGACGAAUAUGACCUGUCGCCUGCAGAGUCUAACCAUGACAGCAGAGCAAAAGGAGUCCGAACUGGCGGAGUUGAGAGAGACCAUCGAGGCAUUGAAAGCUCAGAACACGGAUGCUCAGACCGCCAUUCAGGUGGCCCUCAACGGCCCUGAUCACGUCCAUAAAGAUCUGAGGAUCCGUCGACAGCACUCUUCAGACAGCAUGUCCAGUAUUAACAGCGCAGCGAGUCACUCCAGCAUGGGCAGCGCCAAAGACGCAGAUGACAAGAAGAAGAAGAAGAAAAACUGGGUGGCUGAUUCCAUCCCUGCUCAGUUGCGAAGCUCCUUCAAGCAGGCCUUCAGCAAGAAAAAGACCAGCAAGCCCCAAUCAUCCCAUGACGAAAUCGAGGAAAUGACCGACUCCUCCAUCCCCUCCUCACCCAUACUACCACACACCAACAGACAGACUAGCAUCACCCAACCACUCAGAUCAUCACCAUCUACCACAGAAUUGUGUGAAUGCACAGAGGCCGAGGCAGAGAUUAUCCUACAGCUGAAGAACGAGCUGAGAGAGAAGGAGUUAAAGCUCACGGAUAUCCGACUGGAGGCGUUAAGCUCGGCCCACCACCUGGACCAGAUACGAGAGGCCAUGAACCGCAUGCAGAAUGAGAUUGAGAUGCUGAAGGCGGAGAAUGACAGACUGAAAUCCAGCGGCAAUACCACGCCCGCUGCCACACCUGCCAAAACAGCCCGCCCUCCUUCCGAAACCUCCAGCACCUCCUCCUCAUCCUCACGCCAAUCUCUGGGGCUGUCGUUCAACAACCUCAACAUCAGCGACACCAUUAUAUCAGAUCUAUUGGAUGAUGGCUAUGAAGGGAACCUACGCAAAGAGGGUAGGAGCGUCCGUAUAGUGGUGACCAUCAUCAGUGACUCCAACAAGACCAAGGCUUUGCAGAAGAAAGAGUAUCUGAUCGGCUCCAUUGGUGUCAGUGGGAAGACAAAGUGGGAUGUGUUGGAUGGCGUAAUCCGACGUCUGUUCAAGGAGUAUGUGUUCCGCGUUGACCCAUUGACCAGCCUGGGCUUGAACUCGGAUAGUAUAGUGUGCUACAGAAUGGGGGAGGUGGUCCGAUCUCACUCCUCUGAGGUGCCUGAGCUUUUGCCCUGUGGGUACCUAGUGGGCGACAACAAUGUCAUCACAGUGAGCCUCAAAGGUGUGAAAGAAGGCAGUAUUGAUGAUUUGGUGUUUGACACACUGAUUCCUAAACCCAUCAUUCAACGCUAUUUAAACCUGCUGAUGGAGCACCGCAGAAUUAUCCUCUCCGGCCCCAGUGGAACUGGCAAGUCCUACCUAGCCACCAAACUAGCUCACUAUAUUAUCUCCAAGACUGGAAGAGAGGUGACAGACACGAACCUGGCCAGCUUCAACGUGGACCAAAAGUCCAGCAAGGAUCUUCGACAGUACCUCUCAAGCCUGGCCGAGCAGUGUAACACAGAGAAGAGUGAGACCGAGCUGCCAACUGUAGUCAUCCUGGAUAACCUCCAUCACAUUGGCUCCCUCAGUGAUAUUUUCAAUGGAUUCCUCAACUGCAAAUAUCACAAAUGCCCUUAUGUCAUAGGAACCAUGAAUCAAGGUGUUUCCUCAUCUCCAAAUCUGGAGCUGCAUCACAACUUCAGGUGGGUGCUGUGUGCCAAUCACACCGAGCCGGUGAAGGGCUUCCUGGGCCGUUUCCUGAGAAGAAAACUGAUCGAGACUGAGAUCGAUAAGAACAUGCGCAGCAACGACCUCAUCAAAAUCAUCGACUGGAUUCCUAAAACCUGGCAACACCUCAAUACCUUCCUGGAGGCUCACAGCUCCUCAGAUGUCACCAUCGGUCCUCGGCUGUUACUGUCCUGUCCAAUGGAUGCGGACGGUUCGCGUGUGUGGUUUACUGAUCUGUGGAACUACUCUCUGGUGCCGUAUCUACUGGAAGCAGUAAGAGAAGGGCUACAGCUGUAUGGUAAGAGGGCGGCAUGGGAAGACCCUUCCAAAUGGGUGAUUGACACCUACCCCUGGAGCUCCGCCUCUCUGCAGCACGAAGGCCAAUCACUUCUGCAGCUAAGGCCGGAGGAUGUGGGAUACGACGGCUACAUCUCCUCUAAAGACGGUGCCGCCUCCAAACAAGUAUCUCAGAGCGAUACAGAGGGAGACCCACUGACGUUCAGAGAUUAUAAGAUGAACAUGCUAAUGAGGCUACAGGAAGCUGCUAACUACUCCAGUGCCCAAAGCUGUGACAGCGACAGUGCCAGUCACCACGACGACCUGCUGGACUCCUCACUGGAGUCUGCCCUCUAAGCACCGCCCCAUUAGAAGAGGAAUUCUUCUGAUUGGUUAAAAACAGAGUAAAAGGUCCACAGGGACUUGUGAGAAAAUCCAAUGACAGGCCUGCCGGGAGAUUUCAUACCUCUAGUGGUAAAAUGAUGCGGCGUCCAGGAUACGGAUGAGAUAAGGUGCUGACGGCACACACGAAACACUGGAGCGUGUGUGUGCUUAUAACAUAACGUAAAAGACAACUGGAAUUUAAAUCUGUCGGGUUUUGGAGAUCCACCUGAAACAUGUUUACAGAGGCAGGUGUCUAUUUUAAAUUCGCUGAGGUGCACAAAACUAAAGGGAAACAUUCUGAAUUCUGACCUCGGCAAACCUAGGUGCUGCAGUGGUGCCAAAACCAAGUCUGGUUUACACUCGUCUCUCCAGCGGCACUCAUGAAACGCCUCUAAUCAACAAGCACAAAGGUGCAUCGUGUCAUUACCGCUACUGUGAAGUCAUAUGCAGAUUUGCAGAUCUCCACCAAUCGAUUCACUGCCAAGCGUAUAGUGACCCGGGGCACUCCAACACCACAGAAUGCGGCUUAGUCUUUCAUUCGAACCCGCGGCUGUGCUUGCAGUCCCCUCUCUCUGCUGGUAUCGCUUGUUGGAGAGUGUACCGGCUUUGUCAAAAAGGCCCGAAAAUGGUGCUUUCUCGCUGCCUUAAAUGUGCUGAGGUCUAAAGACAUUUAAACGUGGUGCCACUGUCUUUUCGGAGAAACGACAGUGUAGGACAGACCUUUACCAUCAACAUUUUCCAAUGAAUGCCACGUCCACAUAUUUUAUUUUUGUUACAAUUCGCGUGCUAUCGUAAAACGCCAUUAUAAGACAGUCCAAAUGUAUAAAGAAUUAAAAGACGAUAUCUUUAUGUAAUCCCAGCUGAGCUGGGAUUCACUCGAAUUGAGAGCACAAACCCGACCCGUCGCUUCGCUAGCAUGCUGUUUUUAUCGCUGUAUGUGCGCCGGGAGACUGUCGAUAUUCUCCACUGCGCGUCCGCUUUUGUGUGGUCGAAUUUCACUCAUCCUUUUUUAUUUCGAUUGCUACGUGGGUUUUGCACAGUUGAAAAGGUGAUUGUAAAUAUCCAAGUCUUGCACAGCCUUUUAAAGAUGCACUCUGCUCAGUCCGUAUUCCGUUUCCUCUAGUCUAGCAUAACGCUCUUGUGAAUUACGAAAGAAAAAAGCAAACCAGCAACCCGUCCGAACCUUGUAUGUCUUGUAACUGGUUAUUAUUACGAAGCUCUAAACUGUACAGUGAGAAGUGUUUUUUAAAUUCAGAAAACUUUAGUGACAAUUUAAUGUUCAAGGGCGCAAAAUCAUCAAAACUGGUUCUAUCAAAGGCAUCAGAUCCCCACUGUAUGUAAGCUUCAGUACACUGUUACAAUUCCUAUUUUGCAGUUUCUAGAGACAGUGGUCACAACAAGUAUAUGGACACUUAUGCCACACUUUGUUGCAUUAUAUAACAAAAUAGCAAAGCAAGUGGCAAAUGGCAUGAAAUAAGUUAAGCUUUUACAAUUAUAUAGAUUAAUAUGGUUCAAAAUAAACAGAAAGUAUUUGCACUUAAUUUAUGGAUUAAUAUGACCAUAGCUAACAUAUGUGGUUAUUCUGAUAGUACAUAUGUGUCACUUUAAAGCAGAUGUUAAACAAUCCAAUGUAACUUCUGAAUUGCCAUUGUUGUAGUCGGUUGCGUAAAUAAAUGAGAAUAGUUAGUUUUGAGAAGAGCAUUUUUUUGCAGAUGCCACUUGGUUUGACAUUAUGCAAUUUAAUGCAAUGACAUUUGUAUGUUUUAAAGCAUGGCGUAAAUGUCAAAAUACUGUAAACUGCUUCUGAUUUUUCAAAAAGGUUUACUCAUUUUACUGUGAAAGAAUUUUAUUUAAGAAUAUGUUAAGAGUUUGCACAUGUUUACAAUAACUGAAUCUAUGAUACCUUGUUUUACACGGUCAGUAGGUACAAUAUAUAACCCACAGUACAAGGUGCUACAGUCGAACUCAUCGGAAACGUUGUGAUCAUAUUUGAUAGAGUCCAGCCACACCCUUCGACUCAAACUGACCAUCAUAUUACACAAAGUAACACAUUCUUAACUGCCGCUAUGGUUGUAAACUUUUUUUUGCACCAUUUUGUUGAUUCAGGAAAGUUUUUUUUUUUCCUUCAGCACGACAACGGUGCUACAUAUGUUACUUUUAAACUCUGUGCCUGAUGCUUUGCUUGUCAACCUCUGGUCCUGUUCAGUGUGAAAUGAACAAAAACUCCAUUUAUAAGAAGUGCAGUAAAGAUUUUAAACUGCCUAUCAGUCCCUAACCUCAAAACAAACACAAAUAGUGAUUGUCCUUGGUACAUUUCUUUUCUUUUUUUAUUUCCUUUUUGAAAUUGUAUUGAUCUUGUUAUGGCAAACACAUCUCUCUGUGAGCGCAUAACAUGUAACUACUUUCAAAAUGUUUCUUUUCAUGUGGAACAUUUGUUGGUAGAUGUUUUAUAUUUUGUACAUUUGUAAGUAACAUAUCAUGUAAAUAGAAAGAGACCACAAUUUAAAUCAUCUGGGGGAUUUUGUAGUCUUUGUAAAGCCCUAAUAAAUGGUAUUUGGUGUCACCUAACCAUUGAGUGUUGGUUCAUUAUUUAUAUC